AUGGCGGCCGCGAGCUUGGCGAUCGCGCGGUUACGAGACCAGCGACGCCGCCCAUCCGCCGCACGGGGCUCGCAGAGCGUCGAAAAAGGGGCCUCCGCGCUUCAGCUGUCGGAUGACGCCCAGCGCAGCAGCAGGGACCGAAAGGGGAGAGGCCCCGGAGGCGGCGGGCGCGCCGAAGAAAGGCCCACGUUCAAGAAGGAAAGGCGCGAAGAGGAGAGGGCGCAGCGGCGACUCGAGCAGGAAGCGCGGAGACAGCAGAAACUCGAAGAAGGCGAGCGGAAGCGGAGAGAGGCAGAGGAAGAUCAGGCCAGGCGGAAACUCGAAAAAGAAGAGAAAAAACGUCAAGCGGCAGCCGAGCAUCAGCAAAGACAAAGGACCGCCGCGGAGGAAAAGGCGAGAAGGAGGGUGCAAGCAGAGGAGAGAAUGCGGCAGGCGGCGGAGGCGAAAGCGAGAAAGCGGAAGGCUGCGGAGGACGAAUUGGCGAGGCGGCAGGCCGAGAAGGAGGAGCGGAAGCGAAAGGGCACGCAGACGAAGAAGAGGGAACAAGACGAAGAAGCCUUCUCGGAAGAAGACCAACGCCUUCUCGAGAGCCUGCGGCGUUUUUUCGUCAUCCGCCAAGGAUGCUACGGGGUCUCCCUGUGGCUGCAGCACCCCGACGUGCCUUCGCAUGCGCUUUUCUCCAUGAACGAACUCCGGCGUUUCUGCCCGCGUCUGCCGCGUGCCAGAGUGUCGCUGCCUCACGCCCACCGGCAGAAAGCGAAGAAGCAGUCGGCGCAGAGGGGCAGCGUCGCUUUGGCAUCGCUCGCGCGUGAUGCGGGCGCGCCGGAGGAGCCCGCCUCGAUUGACCGCGAACGGCGUCUCCUCGCAGAACUGCUUCAGGCGGAAGUGCCGCAGCGAGAGCUGCUGAGUCUCCUGCGGAGACUCAGCAGCGACACCAAAGGCUUUCUGCGACUCAUCAAGGCCGAGGCCUCCCCGCCCGCCGUCAGCUUCGCUUUGCUAGUCCUCGUUCUCUUCGCGCGCCUCCCAGGGCCUCGCGGCGCGGGCGGCGCGCGCUUCCCUUCAGACGUCUGCCUGGCGGCUCAGCGCCUCCUCGACGCGCUGCGCCAGCAGCUCGCUGCCCUCUCGCCAUCGCAGGCGACGCUCCAUCUCCGCGUCUCCAGAGUCCUGCUGGCACAGCGCAAGCUCUCUGUGAACUCCAAGCAGCGAAACGGGUUGAUGGAGUAUUUCUUGAAUCCUGGUGCGCGACUCCUGGCGCAUCCAGCCGUCUACGGACGCAGAGCCCUGGGCGUCUCCGCGUCGAGUUUAGGUGCGAGAGAGGAGACCCUCUGCCGCGAAGACCACGCGCCUGAGCUGGCGGCUCCGCCCUCUGCCGGCGAAGGCGCGCGACUUGAAGAGGAAGGCAGACUGCGGAGCUUUGCGCGGAGCUUGGGGUUUUCGCCCCUUGCCCUUAGAGCUCUCGUCGAGGGCUACCUGCAAGUAAAUGUGUGCGUGGAAAAGGAGUUCAAUCUGCGCGCGUUUUUGUACGGCUCUUCCGCGAGCGGCUGCGGAAUUGCAACUUCCGACGUCGACGUCUUAGUUCUUCUCCCCAAAGACAUUCAACAAACUCUUCUUUUCUCUCAGCAGAGGAUUCGGCAGCGGAGUGGAGUCGACCUGGCUCCAUGGACAGAGUUCGACGACCGGCUCUCGCCUGACCAUUGGCAGGAGGUGGAUGCCGCGCUGGCUGCCCUCCAAAGCCGCCACGCGGCCUCCUCCUCUUCCUCCUGCGGGAUCUCGCGACUCUCUGUCUCCUCCACGGGGUCCUCAGCUUGCGCGCUGCCGCCGGUGUCUGUCUCCCCUGUGCUGAAGAAGUUCUCAGCCGUGUGCGCCAGUCGCCUGCUCGCUGCGCGCCUGGUGUCGCUGCUGCUCACCUUCCCUCCCUGCGCGUCUCAGCCGCCGCGGGCGUCGGCGAAUAGUCGGGGUCUGCGGAGCGCUGGGCGCCGCGCGGAGGAGCCGAUCGAGUUCGAUCCUCCCGAGGCGGCCGCCCCGGGGGCGGAGGCCUCCGCAGCAGCUGCCGCGCCGUUGCUGCAUUGCAUCGAACGCGCCGUCUGCCCGCUGCUGAAAAUUCGCCUCCCUGUCCCCCGCUCCGCACACCCGUCGGGCGCGGAGUCUGACAUCGAGAACGAGGGCGCGCGGCAGCGAGCGACCCCCAAGAGGUGUGCACAGACGCAGCGUGCGCCGCCGCAGAGAGACGCACGAGCCGACGCCCGCCAGACUACGGACCAGGAGCUACCGGACUCGCGCGAGGGAGACGAAGCGGCUUCCCGCCUGCGGACCGACGAGGGAGACGCCGCCCUGCUCGCCCCCGUUAUUGAGGCACGCCUUCGGUGGAGGCGGCGACGACAGCGACUGCGUCGCUUCUUCCUGCUGUUGCAUCGCGCGCCGGCAGCCGGUGCUCGACGCGGCGAGCCAGACUCGGUGCUCGCUCAGAGCUCCGCGCAGCUCCAUCGCGGCUGUGAGGCCCUCUGCGGGCAUCCCGAAGCCGCGGACGACGACAUCCGGACGCGGGGAGGGAGCGUCGAAGAGAGCGAAGACGAAAGCGGAUAUUGGAGCGACAGCGCGCUUCCAGCGUCUCUGCGGUCGCUGCAGGCUGGCGCAUUCGGCAGCUGCUGUUUCCAAUCGGAGUUCUGCCGGAGUUAUCUUCCGGCUCGGAUCGAGGCGACCGAGCGCGAAUCCGAGGCGAGUUCGCCCGUGGGAGACUCCACCAGGUCGCGUUCGCUUGCUUCUUCUUCAUUGCCCGCUGUGCCGCUAAUGCGCUGGGUAGAGGUCGAUGUUUCGUUCAAUCACGAAGUGGUGAUCCACAACACGCGCCUGCUUCGCGCCUACGCGACGUGCUUUGGCUCGCAGAUCCAGGCUUUCUUUCGCCUCGUCAAGCACUGGGCGAAGCAACGCCAGGUCUGCGACGCGUACCGCGGCCAGCUGUCGAACUACUCCUGGCUUCUCAUGGCGAUUUUCUUCCUCCAGCACACGCUGCAGGAGCAGCCUGCUUCUCCGUCGGAUGCGCGUCCUGCGUCCUCGCCUGCAGCGUCUCAUGCGUCGGCAGGGCCUGCCUUUCCGCCGUAUCCGCCGCAGCUCGCGGACCUGCAAGGCAGCUGGGCUUCGCUGCCGUGGCUGCAUAACGCCGUCCACGAUUCGCGCUUUCUGCCGGUGCUGCCCAACCUGCAGCAACCCCCCCAGUGCGCACUGUGGCUGCGAGAGCUUCUGGCUCGCGGCGUGCCCCCUCCAGCUGGGUCUUGGGCCGCUCGCCCAGGCGCGAGACGCUGCUCCUGCCGCGCGUGCAGUCUGGAGACCCUGCGGCGAACAUCCUGCGCGAACGCAGAGACAACAGCACUCGGUGUGCCUUCUGGGCAGGACGCGGAGGUCGCCGGCGACGCGCGAGGAGGCGCCUGGCGAGAGAGAGAGAGCGCGGACGCAGCCGCGAGCGACGCGGAGGCGCAGGAAGCGCGGGCGUGUGAGCAGGCCUCGGGGUAUGUGUAUGCGCCAGAGGACGGAGACGCCGUCUGGGUAGGGGAGAGCCACAACGUCCGCUUCUUUCACCCGCUACUCGGGUUCAAUCGGCGCCUCUCCGCCGCCGCGCUUCGACCGCGCCGCCGAGGCGUAGGCCGCGCCCGCGCCGCUGGCUCGCCCUCGCUUCACGGGCGCUGCGCAGGGGCCGGUGGGAGGCACGGGGAGCACGCGGGCGGCGACGCGGACGAGGAGUCGGCAGCGAACGGCGCGAGCUGUGGCGCGGCAGGCCUCGCUGGGGGGCGGCGGCGGGGCGGCGGCGGCGAGGGAGAGGCCGCCGCGGCCGUGAGGCGGCGAGAGGAUGCAGAUGCGCGGGCGGCACCGAACGGCCGGCCUCGCGGGAGCACAUGCGAGACCUCAGUCGAAGAAGCGGAUGCUAGACGCCAGGAGGGGGAGACGCGGGCGAGAUGCCCAGGGGAAGAAGAGCCCCCGCCGCUGCCCGCCCCGUCCAUCGCCUGGCCUGAGGAAGACCCGAGUCUCACUGACGAAGGGUACGCGCGGCGAAUGCUCAGUAGCAGCGGCAUCCGGCGGAAGGACAGAGGUGCAAGCGGGCGCUCGCCAGGCAGCGAGAAGGAGGGACGCCUCGCAGGCCGCGAACCCGCCGUGGCGAUAGUGGACUGCGUGCCUCUCACCGACGCGCAGCUUCGGAUCUUUGAGGCGAUCAAAAAGCGCCUCUGCAUGCAGACGAAGCCUCACCCCCUCUCGAUCUGCCCCGUCGCACCCCUCGAGGGCGCGACACAGAGAGACUCACACAGCCCUCCGACGCGGACAGCGGCGCCGCCGCAGGGCGUCGGCGCGGACAGUGGCGCCGCGGCCCGCGCACUGAGACGCGGCGCGGGAGGCAAAUGCGACGAACAAAGGGCCGCGCCAGCGGCGGAGGCCGAGCGCGAAGCGGAGCGAGCUCGAGACGCCGUCGAAACGCUUCCUGUGGUGCAGAAAGAGAAGCUCGACGCGGCCGUCCGCCUGCGACAAACUGAGUUCUUGAGCGCUCAUCUGCUGCUUUCUGUUCAUCGAAGCGACGCCAAGAAGCUGGCGAACAAGGCGAACGAAACGUGCGCGCAAGACCCUGCAGAGGCGGAUGAAUCGCGCAUUCUUUGGGGAGACACUCUCUCGCUCGUGGAGCUUAUGGCUGCCUUCUUCAGGUUCUACGCGCUGCAGUUCAACAGCUUCAGGAACAUAGUCGACGUUCGGCGCGCGCCGCUCCCGCCGCAGGCGAAGUCAAGCUUCUUCACGGUACCGAUCGCACCGGCGGAGCUGCCGUGGGCUGAGGCAGAGACAAAGAAGCAGAAGGCGGAGAGCGACCGGGCGAGCGCGGAGGGCGCCCGGGCGAGCGCGAAGGCGCCGCCGCGGCAGCUCUCGGAGAACCUCGAAACACUCGAAGUGGCGCAUGACGGAGCUCCCGAGGCCUGCGACUCGCGCCCCAACCCGCUGAGCUGGCUAAAGGGCGGCUGUGCCGCGCGGGAGAGAGAGAGGGCGGAGGAAGAAGAAGGAGAGCCGGAAGGCGGCGAAGGCGAGCUGGACGAAGUGGAGAAAGACAAGGAACACGGCGAGUUGGCGGCGGAAGAAGGCGAGAGAGAAAAGGACGAGGAAAGCGUGAGUGCAGGAGGGAACAACAUGCAUCCGCGGAGCGUCGACUGGUUGUACCGGCGCCGCUUCAUUGCCAUCAAGGAUCCCUUCGAGGCACUUCGCACGCUGGGCACAUAUCAGACGGGAUGCGAGCCUGUGGCCUACGAGCUCCUCCGCGCCGCGGCGGUCACCGCCAGCCCGAUGUGGGCGUUUUCUGUGCCUUGUCCGCAAGCGCCUUCCGCUUCCGUUGCGGCUGCGUCUGUGCCCUGCGUCGUGUUCCAGGCGGGCUCCGCCAGCGCGGCAGCAAGUGCGAAAGGGACGAAGAAGGCGGGGCUGCCUCCGCCUCUGUUUGAGGCGUUUCGCGCGGACGACACGCGGGGGGAAGAAAAGUCGCGCGUCCCCCCGCGCACCGCGCCGCUCUAUCCGAAGAACGAAGCGACCCGCCGAGCAGAAGGCGACCGCCUCUCGGGUGUGCCGAAUGCUGCGGGCGGCGUGUCUGGAAACGAAGGCGACGGUUGCCAGGUUCGUCCGCGCGCGAUUGCUUCGUCUCCGUCUUCAGUUGCCGCGCCGGUCCCGGGGUCGCAGCCCGACGGCGUGGCGAAAAAGCUGCUGACUCCGCAUCAGCGCCGCCAGGAGCUCCGCCGCCUGCGGUUUGCCGAGCGCCCGCGCCCGCCGCUUCCGUGGGUGACGCACGCGUCCGCCUCGGCGCUGCUGCAGGCGGAGGAGUGCAGCGACAUCGCCUGGGCGUUGAUUUCCAAGCGCCUUCUGCGCGCCUAUCGGCACGUCGCUCCGUGCGGCGUCGCCGACAGCGGAGACGCACAGGAGCGACACGGGCAGAAGUAUCUCCCACUCAGCGUGCAGCCGGGCGACUGCGCGGCGGAGACAGCCGGCGGCAAAUGGCGCGCGGAGGCGUUCCACCCGCUCGCCCUGACGCCAGCCGACCUCGAGCAGCACGUCGCGCUCCGCGCGAAGCACCUUUUUGUUGGGCACGAGGCGGCGAGAAAUGCUGAGGCGGCAGGCGCCAGCGAGGCGAGCCAAAGAAAGAGCAAGAAGCGGUUCGAGGCCGAGGACGCCUCCGCCGCACCUGGGCGGGGCGGCAGCAUUAGAGGCGGCGGCGGCGACAGGCGGCCGGUUAGAGGCGCGCCGAAUCAUGCGCCCAGCGUCCUGUCGCCUGGGCUCGCGCCCUUGUCGCCGUCGCUCCCCCCCGCGCGAUUUGCAGGUCUGCUGGGCGAUAUGCCUGGGAUGCAGCGCGGCGGAGGCGCGGACUACGUUCCUGCCUUCUCUGGGUCGCUUCCGCGCCUCCCGGGUGGCAUCUUGGGGGCGGGCGGCGUCGCCAACGACGCGCAGGCUACUCGCGGCUUCGGCGGGCUCGCGGCGAACAGCAGAGGACAUCGAGCGCACGAGUCAGCGCGUCAUUUGACGCAGGCAAAAGCGGGAAACAAUUCGUCGGAAAGCAACAGAGAACGCAGGGGUCAAGACGCAGAAGCCGUUGCCCUGAUACUCGAACACCUGGGGAGUAUUGAGAAUACGUCGGAGUGA